AUGGCGCCUUCUACCAUCACGUCCAGCUUCAAGGUCCUCUCGUACACCGAGACGCCUGUCCCCGCGUCGCGAGACGUGCCAGUCAAGACCAACUUCUGCAACCAGGAGCGCGAGUACCACGGGGCGCAGAUCUCGGGCUGGGCAGUGGGUGUGUACAUCAAGACAUACCAGUCGGACGACGCCAACACCUUCGUCGGACAGCAGGUAUUCACCGGCACCCUCCUCGGCCGGCAGGGCACCUUCACGGCGCUCGCCAAGGGCGCGUUCGCAGACGGCGUCGUCACUGCCGAGUGGCAGAUUAUCUCGGGCACGGGCGAGCUCGCGGGCAUCUCGGGCAGUGGGACGUAUGGCGUGCCGGCGGGUUACAAGUCUGGGGACGAGCUGCCGUUUGAGCUGCACGUCGAGUUCGCGUAGAAGAGCCG